CGACUUCGCCCACGUCCUCGGGCUCCUCCCCUCACCCUGCCCGCAUCCCAGCCUUACCCGCCGGAUCCCACCCCGCCCCACCCCGCCCCUCUCUGGUGGCUCAUCCCACUCCCACCCCCACCUGGCCCCGCCCCCUAUCGUUAGCUCUUCGCUGCACACCUCCACCUUGCAGAACUGAGGCUCGAGGCUGCUGACUCGGUAACUCCUGAGGGCUGUGAAGAAGCUGGACGCCCAUUUGGUCCCCGGGCCUGCGUUUGGGGACGCGCUGUCGUCCGCUCGCCGGUUUGUCAGCCCGCUCGCCCUAGGCACAGUCCCCUCAGCACAGCUCUCUGACCUGGACCGGAGGUCGUUUUCCGCAGUGACCCGGCCUCACACUUGAAGAAGCGUAGCGAGCCAGGAAGGAUAAACCAAGCCUUCCCCAUGGAGUCUGCCCUGUCAGUGUGUUAUGUGGAGGAACUGAACACAUUCUGAAACUAGAAGAUUCCAAAGAGAAAAAAAAGAGAAAGCAAUCAGCCACUAUAUUCCCAAACUCACAAGUCAGCUUCAGGUCUUAAUGCCUCACUUGUGGGUGUCGGGGAAGGAAGAAAAAAAAAAAGGCUCCUGCUGGCUUUAAACCAUCCAAGCAAGUUUUGUUCAUCCAAGGCAGCAGGGAGAACUUUGCUGGGAGGAGCUCCCCCACAAAAACUGAAUGAAGAACAAGCAGAAAUCCCAAACAGACUGAUAACAGCAGAUGAAAUUGAAGCAAUAAUCAAAAACCUCCCAGUGCACCAAGGUCCUACACCAGAUGGUUUCGCAGGAUAUUUUCACAAAAACAUUUAAGAAAGAGCUAUCCCCUAUCCUUCACAGACUAUUCCAAAAAAUCCAAGAAGAUAGAAGACUCUCAAGUUCUUUUCAUGAAGCCAGCAUUAUACUAAUCCCAAGACCAGAUAAAGAUAACAAACAAAGAAAACUUCAGGCCAAUAUUGCUGAUGAACAUAGAUGCUAAAAUCUUCAACAAAAUAUUGGGAAACCGCAUCUAACAGUACAUUAAAAAGAUCAUACAUCGCGACCAAGUGGAAUUCAUCCCAGGGAUGCAAGGAUGGUACAAUAUUCUCAAAUCAGUAAAUGUAAUACAUCACAUAAACAAAAGGAAAGACAAAAAGCACAUGAUCAUGUCAAUAGAUAUGGAAAAAACAUUUGAUAAGGUGAAGCAUCCAAUUAUGAUGGAAACACAACAAAGUUGCAGUGCAAUUAAGUACAAUCUGACAAUACCUAGAAGGGAGGUUGGAGAGAAUAAAUGGGGUAAAAUUGGGAGUGGUCUUCAGGAACAGAUAUAAAGGACACAUGGAGAAAACCAAAGUGGGUUAAGAUCGUAGGUGGGAAGAGGGAAUGUCUGGCAUGCAGAGGCAUGGUGAGGGGAAAAUGGGGAUGAAUCUACCUGAACUACAAUAAAUUACAAAAAAAUAAUCUGUAGGAAGCUGAAAUAGAUUGGGAGACUAAUUCUUGUGAUAUAUUAGUCUUGUAGUAUUUAACCUUGCUACUAAGAUUAUGUAGCCUGAGAUUUUAUUAGUUAGAUUCCAGGUUAAUCAGUUUCACGUGUUAUAAGCCCUUUAUUUUUUCCAUUAAGUUUAUUUUUAAUUUAAUUUUUCAAGUAUAGUUGUCUCCAUUUUACUCCCUCCAUUCUCCUCCACCCCUGCCAUCCUCACUCUCCAACCUCGAUCCUUUAAAUGGAAUCUGUUUUACUAUUCAGAUUCACAUUCUAAAAUUUAUUUAUUUGAUCUUAUAUUUUUAGUUAGUCAUGGCUCAAGAAUGUUUCACUCCGAUCCUUUGUUUUCCCUGAAUAAAAAUGCCUCUCACUGUGUCAUGCAUAUUUCCAUAAAAGAUCAUAGCUAAUUUAUGGCUAAAAAAAGAAAAUAAAGGAUUUUGGCUUUCAAGAUGGUGAUGGAGUAGGACGGAGCAGAUACCAGCUCCUAGUACAAAAGGGAGAGAAACCUGUCAGAUCGGAGGAGAAGCCAGCAAGCCAGCAGUUGCCAAGCAUAUAUGAAAAUAAGAGACCAGAAACCUCGAUGGUCAUGGAGCAAGCAGAGAAUAGGUACACAGCAGCGGUACAGUAGUCUUGGGGAUGGAGCAAAGAGUAAUAGCAGGGAUCUCCACCAGCACAUGGUUGGGGGAGCAGUGCCCAAUGGCACCUGGGCCAACGUUCAGUGCCUGGACAGCUCCCUCCCUAAGAUUUUUCUGCCGGGACCAGCCAAGUGGCCCAACCAGAGGGGAGCAGAGGGGAUUUCAGCCUGCGCACAAUUUGGGGGUCCAGCACCUGGUGUGCAGUGUGUCUGGGCGAGUGCCUGACAGCGCCUGGGACAGCGUUCAGUGCCCAGACAGGUUCCCUGAGCUGCUACAUCCCUAGGAUUUUUCUGCCGAGGUUGGCCAGGGGACCCAGACAAACACAGGAGCAGAAGGUAUUUCAGCCCGCUCACAGUUCGGGGGAUCAGUACACACCAUGCAGCAUGCCAUGACCUGCGCACAGAGUUUCUAGGUCGGCUCCCAGUCCUCAGAUCGGCUCCCGGCUUCCAGUCCAUCCCCCUCGGACUAUCUGGAAGCCCCGGGCACUGAGGGGUCCUGAGGAAAAAGCUGAGACCCUCAACGCCCUCCCUUUCUGGCCAAGCAAGGUGGGGUGCCAGGAGAGACUUGUUUGAUAGAGUUUGCAGACAGGGUGCUGAGGACAAAGGGCCCCAACCGAGGACUCUGUGGUUGCCAGCCCAGGAGAACCGAUAGGUACAGCCUGGGGCUCUAAAUCCAAUAGACACAACAGCCUGGUCUGCUCCACACCCAGCUUGGCAGCAAACCUGAGAUUGGGCAGAGGGCCUAGAGCUACCCCACACAACGAGAGCAGGUCUGUGCUCAAUCCCCAGGGAACCAGGCAACUAGGCCGGCUCAGGCGCCUGCAAUUACUGCAAUCCAGCCCUUGGUGGUAACCCCUGGGAGGGGAGCGCUGUGAGGAAGUCCUAGUUCCCCACUGUAGGGAGUUGGGAAGAGGUGCCAAGUGUCUGGCUCCUGAGAGAGGCCUGGCAGAAAAAUCACAACAAUCAACCCUCAGCCAACUGCCAGAAAAACCGGUUCAGCUUGUUUGAAACCAACAAGUGACAUUUCCUUUUUUUGUUGUUUUGGGGUUUUUUUCUUUCUCUUUAUUUUACUUUAUUUUUAUUCUUUUUUUUUACUUUUCUUUCUUUUUCCAUUCCUUUUCUUGAUCUUUUUGCUUUUUUCAAGUAAUCUGUUAUUUCUUUUACAUUUUAUUACUGUUUCAUCUUUCGAUACUUUUGUCCUCUUUUCUCAGAUUUUCUCUUUUAUUCCUUCUUUUCUUUCUAAACUUAUUGCUCUUCUAUUCCCCUACCCUUUUUUUCUCUUCCUUUUAUUCCUUUACUUGUCUUUUCUUUCUUUUACCCACAACAGUCACAAUCAACUUUAAAAUAUGAAAAGACCAGAGCUGGACCCAUAGAAGAGGCCUCCCAAUAGUAGAGUCAGAGAGACAAAUUGCUCUUUGCUGUAGGAGAGAAGCCAAAAGUUGCUGCAUAUUUGAGUAGGUGGAAGCACAGAACAACAGGUUAACUGAAAGAGACUGCACCACUGAAAUUCACAGUUAUUCCACCACAGAAGUUCACACCAUAAACCCAGGGUGUCAAAACAGAUUAAUCUAAGAAGCUGAGCCUAAAAAGAAGAGUCUCACAGACAAUGGGAAGACAGAGAAACAAUCCCCAAAUGAAAGGAAAGGAGGAACCCUCGGAAAGAAUGUUAUAUGAAAUAGAGGCAAGUCACCUAUCAGAUACUGAAUUCAAAGCACUGGUGAUCAGGAAAUUCAAAGAGCUCACAAGGAGCUACCAGAAACUACAGGGGAGCUAUAACAAUCUCACCCCACACUAUAUCAACAUGAAAAAGGCAAUGAAAUCUAUUAGCAAGGGCCUACAGGAAAUGAAGUAUAUGAUUUCUGAAUUGGAAAACACAGUAGAAAGCAUUAAAAAUAGGGUAGAUGAGACAGAAGAUUGCAUUAGUAAGUUGGAGGAAGAAGUAGAAAGCAUCUCACAGAAAGAACAGGAAGGGUAAAAGAGGCUCAGAAAGAAUGAAGAGGGAUUAAGAGAAAUGCAAGACAAUAUGAAAUGUAAUAAUAUCCAAAUAAUAGGAAUACCAGAAGGAGAAGAAGAACAAGGGAUGGAAAAUGUAUUUGAAAGAGUAAUGAGAGAAAAUUUCCCUAAUUUGAUGAGAGAAAAACUCACACAAAUCCAGGAAACACAGAGAGUCCCCAUCAAGGGGAACCCAAAUAUGCCCACUUCAAGACACAUCAUCAUCAAAAUGGCAAAAUUCCAACACAAAGAGAAAAUCUUAAAGGCAGCAAGGGAGAAAAAAGAAGUAACAUACAAGGGAGCCCCAGUAAGGUUAGCUACUGACUUCUCAAUGGAAACACUCCAAGCAAGAAGAGAAUGGCAAGAAAUAUUCCAAGUAAUGAGAACCAGAGGUCUACAACCAAUGCUACUUUACCCAGCAAGUCUCUCAAUCAAGAUAGAAGGCCAAAUAAAGAGCUUUCAAGACAAAAGAAGUUGAAAAGAAUAUGCUGCCACCAAGCCAGCCCUACAAAAAAUACUAAAAGGACUGCUUUAAGGAAAGGAAGGAAAAGAGACAGACAGAGAGGAACACAGGUACAAACAUGGCAAUGAAUAAGUACCUAUCAAUAAUAACCUGAAACAUAAAUGGAAUAAAUGCUCCAAGCAAAAGACACAGAAUAGCUCAAUGGAGAAGAAAACAUGACCCACACAUAUGCUGCCUACAAGAGACCCACCUCAGGACAGAAGACCUAAACAGACUAAAAGUUAAAGGCUGGAAACAAAUUUUCGAAGCAAAUGGACAAGAAAAAAAAGCUGGGGUAGCAAUUCUCAUAUCAUACAAAAUAGACUUCAAGAAAAGGGCUAUAAAGAGAGACCCAGAAGGUCACUUCAUAAUACUCAAGGGAAGAAUUCACCAAGACAUUAACAUCAUAAAUAUAUAUGCACCCAACAUAGGAGCACCCAAAUAGAUAAAGAAAAUCUUAGAGGAAUUCAAGAAAGAUAUUGACAGCAACACAAUUAUAGUAGGGGAUUUUAGCACCCCACUAUCAAAAGUGGACAGGUCUUCCAAACAAAAUAUCAAGAAAGUUAUUGCGGAAAUAAACAACACCCUAGAUGAAAUGGAGUUAACUGAUAUAUAUAGAGCCCUUCAUCCCAAAGAAGCUAAAUACACAUUCUUUUCAAAUGCACAUGGAACAUUCUCAAAGAUAGACUGUUGGAGCCCAGGAGGCCUGUAAGGGGUCGAGGAUAGGGUCCUGCACCGCAGGCGUGGUGUCUGGGCCUGGUUUCCGGCCUCGGGACUGUCCUUAGUUGUGACUGCUUUCUGACCCCUUGAGAAACUAGCUGCCUCUCCUUACCCAUCAACUCACAUCUUUAGCCUGUACAUCAUAUGCCCAGAAAAUAUAUUAGCCUGAGAACAUCCUGACUCUAAGAAAAGAGAUAAACUUUAUAAGUCAAAAAAGUAAACUACAUGCCAGAAGGCUUCUCCUUUGUCCUCUAUAUACUCAAAAUUGUAUUUAAGCCUGAAGACUGCGCAAUAAACUUGCCUUAUGCCAGCAGAGCAUUUGGUCCUCUCCUUUGUUUCAUCCCUCGCUCAGCCUCACGACCACCCUUGCUGCAGCAGGCUGUGGCAGAGUGGCGCCCGAAACAGGGACCUGAAGAGUCCGAAAUUGUGAGGAUUUGAGACCCCGAGAGGACCGCUGAUACGGGGGACCGGUAAGUUAAAAGUGAAAGUAGCAGGGAGCGGUGUUGGAGAGCAUAAUAAUGGGGAAUUGUUUGAAAGGGGACUCUGAGCUAGAUAAGUGGGAAAAAGGGAGUAGAGGCAGUCCCACUCUGCGGGCUACACGCUGGGCAGAGGAUUUGUUUAACAACCCCCCGCCUCUUCCAUCUGCACCUCCGCCGCCGUUACAGCCUCCGCGGCAUGAGCAACCGGAUGUUAAGCUUGAGGGUCUUGAAUCUAGAGAUCCAGACCCUGCGGAGGUCAAUUGGGACGAUCUAGAGGAACGAGCGGCGGUUUAUGAGCCCUCUCACGGAGCGUUCGUUGCCACCGAAGCUAGAGAGGAUAAGAAAGAUAAAUCAGAGUAGGCUGUGCUCUUUAAGGAUCUUCUGCAGUUGUUGAACUCCCUUCAGGAACAGACUCAGGGUUCUGGGAAGAAUGUUGCAAAUAGAGAAUGGACCUCUGUUUCUGAGGAUCCUGUUUCCCAGAGAUCCCACCUCUCUGUUGAUAGCUCGAGUGGGGUUCCGCCCGCAUCCUCCCCGGGAGGAGUCGCCUUUGCAGACUGCGCUGCGGCCCGCGCUCCGUGAUGGGGAGUCAAUAGAUGGUUUCUCCCCCGAGAGACAGAUUUUCCCUGUCCUUCAGAGGCAGAAUGAUCAGGGCCAACAGUGGCAAGAUUAUGAGCUUAUUCCUUACAAGACCUUGAAGGAGUUAAAAUUAGCCUGUGCCCAAUAUGGGGCUACGGCCCCCUUCACCAUUGCUACCAUGGAAACUAUUGCGAGCCUUGCUCUUCCCCCACAAGAUUGGAAAACUAUGUGUAAGGCAGUGUUAACUGGGGGUGAUUAUUUGUUAUGGCUUGCUGAAUAUCACGAGAGCUGUGAGCAACAAGCUAGGUCUGAAGCUGCUCGCAGGCUUGGAAUAACAUAUGAACAAUUAGCAGGAACGGGGAAUUUUGCAGAUACCCAGCAGCAACUGAAUUUUCACCCCCAAGCAUAUGAUUAUAUCCGCUGGUCUGCCUCUGCGGCAUGGAAGAAAUUACUGAAGACAGGGGUAAGAAAGGAAGAAUUGUCCAAGAUUCGGCAAGGCCCUGACGAGCCCUUCCAAGAUUUUGUAGCUCGCCUUCUUACCGCUACUCAGCGUGUUAUUGGUGAGCCCGAAGCCGCCACUAUAGUAGUUAGAGAAAUGGCCUUUGAGAAUGCUAACGCCGCUUGUCAGGCGGCAUUGCGGCCUUGGAAGGGCAGGGCUACAUUGAAUGAUUAUAUCAAGUUGUGCGCAGACAUUGGACCACGAUAUAUUCAAGGAAUAACUUUAGCUGCUGCCCAUAAGGGACAGACAGUUAGUGAGUUUCUAGCUAUUAAGAGAAAAGGAAAGGGAAAACCAGGACCACCAGGCAGCUGUUAUAUUUAUGGAAAGAUGGGCCAUGUUGCGAGUCAGUGCCGAGACUCCAACUCUAAUAAUCCCAAUGCACCCAUCACCAGUCGAAGGAAGUCUCCCGGCUUAUGCCCGCGGUGUCGGCGCGGUAAUCAUUGGGCUAAUGAAUGUUAUUCUAAGAGAGAUAGGGAAGGGAGAUUACUUGUUCAGUCGGGAAACGACAAGAGGGGCCAGCCUCGGGCCCCGCAACUAGUAUACGGGGCGAUGGCGACCUCCAGUCAUCUGCUGGGGAUGGAGCAAAAACAACUAUAUCCGAGCUCCGACGUGCAACCCCAGGGAGCGCCUGACUAGACCUUUGCCUUGCCGAACAUGUCGUCUUAACUCCUGACAUGAGGAUGUAGGCGUUACCAACCCAUGUCUUUGGGCCCCUACCUGAAAAAACUGUAGGGAUAAUAUUAAAAAGAAGUGGAUUUACUAUGAAGAGUUUGACAGUCUCGCCAGGAGUCAUUGAUGCCGAUUAUAUUAGGGAAAUAAGAAUUAUGGCCAAGACUGAACAGCAUGUAAUCAAUUUACCUGCCGGCACUCGUGUGGCUCAGCUAUUGCUCCUCCCUUAUAUAGAUAAUCAGAACAAAGCCUAUAUGCAACCAUACCGAGGAGCGUCAGGGUUUGGGUCCACCGAUGCCUUUUUAUUGAAGGCCAUAAAAAUGGAAAGGCCUGAGUAUCACUUAACCAUUAAUAGAAAAAUUUUUAAAUGAAUUCUAGGUACUGGAGCUGAUGUUUCUGUUAUCGUGCUUGAGCGUUGGCCUAACUCCUGGCCACUCCACCCCACUUCCACUGCUCUGCAGGGAGUGGGACAGUCCACCUCCCCAUAUCAGAGUUCAGCCAUUUUGAAAUGGAAUAAUGACGAGAGAGCUCAGGGAACCUUUCAGCCUUAUAUACUUUCUCAUUUACCUGUCAAUCUGUAGGGAUGAGACAUUAUAGAACAGAUGACACUUGUCCUUUGGCAGCCUGAGAUCCCUGCCCAGUCUUUUUCCUAGUGGCCAUUGAUACUCCUGCCCCAUGCGCUGACCCUAUUUCAUGGAAAGAUGAUAUCCCUAUAUGGGUAGAUCAAUGGCUGCUUACUCAAGAGAAACUAGAGGCAGCUAGAAAGCUGGUGCAGGAGCAGCUUGCUGCCGGACAUAUUGAACCUUCCACAUCACCAUGGAAUUCUCCUAUAUUUGUUAUCAAAAAGAAGUCAGGAAAGUAGAGGCUCCUUCAGGAUUUGAGGAAAGUAAACACUUCCAUGUUCCCCAUGGGUGCGUUGCAGCCUGGACUUCCAUCUCCUGCUGCCAUCCCUCCAUCUACUUAUAAGAUUGUGAUUGACUUAAAAGACUGUUUUUAUACUAUUCCGCUGUUCCCCUCUGAUUGUCAGCGAUUUGCUUUUAGUGUUCCCUCCACUGACCUUCGGGAACCAAUGUUAAGAUUUCAAUAGAAGGUUUUACCUCAGGGUAUGGCUAAUAGUCCUACCUUGUGUCAGAAGUUUGUGCAGCAAGCUAUUCAGGGCACACGAGAUGGGUUCCCCUUGGUUUUAGUCAUUCAUUAUAUGGAUAAUAUCUUGCUAGCGCAUUCCAAUCAUGACCUCUUAAUUUUAGCAUUUUCUAGGAUGAAACAAGACUUAGCUGUUUUCGGUCUGCAAAUAGCAGCUGAUAAAAUCCAAAGUGCUUAUUACCCUUACUCCUAUCUUGGAUACCAACUUAAGCCCCUGACUUUUUCCCCUCAAAAAUUGCAGAUUGAUACUUUGCACCUGCGAACUUCGCAUGAUUUUUCAGACCCCUACUAAGAGAAAUCAACUGGAUACACCCAUCUUUGAAACUUACCACCGGCGACCUUAAGCCUCUUUUUACCUUACUUAACGGAGAUUCCAAUCCUGCCUCUCCUCGAGCGCUCACCCCGAGCGCACGGCAGGCCCUACGGCUGGUGGAAGACGCUCUUCAGUCCACCCAAUUGUCUUACUGUGAUAUUUCACAACCUUGGUCCUUGUUAAUAAUACCUUCUUCUAUCGCCCGGACAGGAGCUCUCUACCAGCAUGGAGUACUCCAGUGGAUCCACGGCCCGGCAACGCCAAAGAAGGCGCUUGCCUCUUAUGCCUCGUUAGUAGCCGAACGAGUUCAGCAGAGCCGCUACUGUCUAUCCAAAUCUUAGGACGAGACCCUCCUGUUGUAGUCAUACCCUAUACUUCCGAACAGUUUUCCUGGCUAAGAAACAUGAAUGAUUCUUUUCCAUUGGCCUUUGAAGGCUUUUCAGGACAGGUCUCUCAUCAUUUUCCAAAGGACAAGAUUUUGCAUUUUGCCUCUCAAGCCCAUUUUAUCUUUCCCAGAAAUCUCUCCCUCACCCCUUUAACUUCCGCCGUCAAUUUGUUCACAGAUGGUUCAUUUAAUGGAUGCGCUGUUCUAAUCACCCCAGAAAAAUCCCAGGUUUGGCAGGUCGCCUCCAGUUCUGCUCAAGAAGUCGAACUCUUUACUGUUCAUCAGGCCUUCCUCCUUAUCCCUGAACUUUUUAAUCUUUACUCUGACAGUCAAUAUAUUGUCCAUGCGUUAGCCGUUUUAAAAACUGUCCCUUUAAUUAUGACUUCUAAUCGUACAGUUCUCCAGUUAUUCCACUCCAUCCAGCAAUUACUUCGACAGCGAAAAGCCCCCUACUUUAUUGGUCACCUUCAGGGACAUUCAUCUCUUCCAGGACCUUUGGCGACAUCGAAUGCGCUCGCAGACUCCCAUACUCACGUCUUUCUUUCGCAGCAGCAACGUGCUCAACAAUCCCAUGCCCUUCACCACCAAUCUGCCUGAUCUCUUCGGUAUCAAUUUCAGUUUACCCGAGAGGCAGCACGACAGAUUGUUAAAUCGUGCUCAACCUGUUCUCAGCUGCUUCCAGGACCCCAUUUUGGUGUUAACCCCCAAAGUCUCAAGCCUAACGAUCUCUGGCAGAUAGAUGUUACCCAUUGCCCCUCCUUUGGCACACUUCGAUAUCUACAUGUCACUAUUGAUACUUGUACUCAUUUCCUUUUCGCCUCCCCUCUAUCAGGCGAAAGCGUUCGCAGUGUAAUCUCUCAUUUGCUAUCUUGCUUUUCAGUACUUGGUGUCCCCAAAAUUUUGAAGACUGACAACGCCCCUGCCUAUACCACUAAAGCCUUCGCCUCUUUCUGUACUUCUUUUCAAAUCCUUCAUAAGACAGAUAUCCCUCAUAACCCUCAAAGACAAAGAGUCAUCGAACGAGCGCACCUUUCUCUCAAACAACAAUUUGCUAAACUAAAAGGGGGGAGAUGGUAUAGCCCCCACUCUCCAAAAUUGCUUGUAUCUCAUUCCUUAUUUGUUUUAAAUUUUUUGACCAUGGAUUCGGAUGGGCGGUCCGCGGCAGACAGGCACUGGGGGCCGCGCAUGCGGCACUACCCUCAAGUAUUUUGGAGAGACCCCAUGGAUGGGUCUCGGCCUGGGCCUGACCCAGUUAUUAGUUUGGGGCCGAGGGCAUGUUUGUGUUUUUC